AGGAAGGGAGAGUGUAGGAAACAGGUCAGUCCGGUCUGCCCCUCCAAGGUGGAUGUCUACGCGGUGACACACCUGCCGACUGGUCUGGGAGGAGCUGUCGCUGAGUAUGAGUGGCUUUUUGUGUCAGUAAACUUUGAGAAGGAUCAUUGGGAGGCGAGAGACAGAGAGGGCCACGGUAGACAACGAACAAGACGCAGUGAGAGAGAGACACACAAAUCGACUUUGGUUUGGAUCUGGGUUUGACCCCCACAAGACCUUCAGGAUGUUUAGGAAAAAGGGAGCCAAGGACAGUACGCUCAAGUCGUCGGGCAAGGUCACAAAGGACCAGAACAGCCAUCUGGUCACGCUGAUCAGCAAGAUGCAAAACGAUGCCGACACCGUGGAGAAGCACAUUUUGCGGUCCGAGGAGCUAAUGGCUGUGGAUGCUGAGAAUGAGAAGAAUGAGAAACCUUUCCUGCAUCAGACAGAGAUCUCAGACAGGCUGGGCGAGGCUGAGGGCCUGCUGAAGGUGCUUUUCCUGGAUGUUGACACCAUCAGGAAACUUAAGCAUCCUCAGGCCAAAGAGAUAGAAAAUGAUGUCAGCCACCUCCAUGAACGGUGGCUGAAGGACUGCGCCUUCUACAGAGACAUCUAUGAGCAGAUAGAUGACGUCUCUUUAAUGCCCAUCAUCGACUGGGGGCCUGUAUUCAACAAAAAGCAACACCAGGUGGCUUCGGAGGAGUUCGGCCCGAGCAUGGCUGACCUCGAGAAGCAAAUCGCUGCUCAUAACAUUCUGCACAAAGAGGUGGAAGGUUAUAAGUCUCAGCUGUGUUUGAGCUCAGCUGGCAGUAAGGAAAAAUAUACUGAGCUUAAGAAACAGUACAACAAAAUGCUGGACAACUCCAAGUGGCGACAUCACUACCUGACCAGCCUGUACGAGUACAUGCACGGCUGCAACAAGGAGCUGAACUUCUUGGGUGAAGAGCAGAAUAAGAUCAAAAAGCAGGAUUGGAGUGACCGAAUGGUCGACCCACCUGAUGUCCGCAGGCAGUAUGAGAACUUCAAGAACAAUAGCCUCCUGUCCCACGAGAGUGACGUGAACAAACUCCAGGAUGAAGGAGACAGACUUAUCGAGCUGAAGCAUCCUGCCAGUGCAACAAUCCAGGCUCAAAGAGAUGCAGUGAGAGGCGAGUGGCAGAAGUUCCUCAACCUCUGCAUUUGUCAAGAGACACAUUUGGAUAAUGUGGAGGAGUACAAGAAGUACCAAAUGGAUGCAGAGCAACUGUCAGAGAACCUGACCAAACUCAACAACAGCCUGGAUCCAAAGUCUCUGAGCAAGCAGAGCAAUUCAGAGACACUUUUGCAGCUCAAUCUGGAGGAGAAAUCUGUGCAGGACGCGGAGAAGCAGCUGGCCGACCUUAGAAAGCGCAGCACCAGCAUUGUGCCACUGAAGCUUCGCCGUAACGCCUCCAACCGACCAAUCACGGUGGAGUCUCUGUGUGACUGGGACACCAGCAGGGACUCCCUGUCCAGAGGCGAGAAGCUCACCUUAAAAUCCAACUCUGACACUGAGAAGUGGAACGUCGUCGCUGCUGAUGGAGCUACAAAAACCUUCCCUGGGGUUUGCUUCCAGAUCCCCGCACCUGAUCCUGACUCUAUUGACCAGGUGGACCUUUUGGGGAAAGAACUGGCUGACAUCAAGAAGAGAAGAGCAACUCUGGAGGCCUCACUGAAAAAUCACAAAUCAGAAGCAUCCCAAGCCCUUCAGUCAGCGCCUGCGUCCUCUGCUCCAAUGGAUCCGAAAGCAACAGCUCUUGCUCAAGAGCUAAAUAAUGUGGACAAGGGUCUGACCAAUGCAGAAGAUGACUUGCUGAGCCUCCUCAGAGCUCCUCUCAGCCGCUCCGACCCCUCAGGAGAUCUAGCCAAAAGGCUGCAGGACCAAGAGAAAGCAGCCAAGGCACUGCAAGACCUCGAGCGACAGAGGCUUGGAACUCAGGCCGGUCUGAAGUCACUGCCCAGCGGUGCCUCGUCCUCACUGCCCCUGCAGCUGAACAGUGCCAACAAUAAAGCUGACAAGCUUGCCGCCCUCUCUGAUCUCUACAAAAAGAAAGCUAAUGCUUCCCUCAACCUGGAGAGUCAGAUUAACAAGGUGGACGGUAUCGUCUCUGGGUUUGAGAAGAAGCUCAGUGAAGAUGGCCCGAUUCUGGAUGGACCGAACACACUUCAAGCCGCCACAGACGACAUACGAAAUCAGAGUCGGUCUGUGGCCGCUGCGCAAGGAGACAUGAAGAAACUGAGCCAGGACUUGGAGACCACAGAGCAGCUGUGCAGCUCCCUGCAGCAGGGAUAUCAAGAGUACUGUCCCGACAUCCAGCGCCAGAGAACUGAUGUGAAGACGCUGCAGAACCGAUAUGAGAAUGUGUCCAAUCAGCUAAAAGAGAGAGAACUCAUCCUGCAAGAGGCCGCAGCUAAAAAUCAGGAUUUCCAAAGUACAUCCAGAUCCCUCAACAACUUCCUGGACAACAUGCCGAAAAGUCAGAUCAAUCCGAGCGACGGCCCGUCUCAAAUCGCAGCUAAACAAAGCGCUCAAGAGAGGGCGAUGGAGGAGCUGAAGCGGAAGGGAGAUGACAUGGACAGAGUGGCUGACCUUUCUCAAGACCUGCAGGGUCUACUUAACCAAUAUGAUUCCAACAUUGAAAAAUUCAACUGUACCAUUGAGGACAAUGGGGUGACUGCUCCCAAGAGGGCUUACACACCCACACUUGCAGAGGCUGUUCAGAAGCAGGAAAAGGACUUGGUCAACCAUUAUGCCGAGACAACUGCUGAGAGUGCACAACGCCAGAAGCAGAUGUCCCUGGCCAAGAAUCUGAUUGACCAAAAUGAAGAGAAGGUUCACAUGGUGGAGCAGCAGCAAGUGCAGCAGCAUCAAAAUGCACAGAGGAGUUCCUUAGAGCUCAACAGCCUGCUGAAAGAGCUGGAUGAAGAGAAGGAAAGGAUGUCUCACACAGAGAACGACUUGAGAACCUUCAGAGAGCGGAUGAUGUCGCUGAAGAACCGCAGAGGGGUGGAGCGCAUUGAGGAAAAAGAAGUGCUGCAGUACUAUCGGGACCCAAAACUGGAGAGCGAUCUAAGCGAGUUCCAGAGUAAACUGCAUGAAGAGUCUCUGAAGCGUAGCACCAUUCAGAGUGAGGUCGAGGUCUAUAAGAACAAAAUCAUAUCCCUAGAAGAUACCAUCAAAAACGCCCCCCCGAAACUGGCGACUAGGGAGGUCACAGAGUUCGAGAAAGAUCCACAGUUGGACAUCGAGGCGGCCAAGCUGAAGGAUGAAAUCGCUCGAGUGAGGGAUGAAAUUCGGGUGAGAGAUUCCGAGCAUAUUCAAAUGAAGACAGAAGUGUCCAUUCUGCAGCAGAAGAGGCCGACGAUCAAAGAGAGGAUUGUGAAGAAAGAAGUGGUGAAAGUGGAGCAGGACCCAGAGAUGCUGAAAGCGGUCCGAUCGUUUGAGCUGGAAAUAUCGGAUGAAGGCAACAAGAGCAAGCUGAUCAACGACCAAAUCUUCCAGACACGGAGUGAAAUUAAUGCCCUUGAAAGGUUGAUUCCCUACAUCCAGCCAAAGGUCAUCACUAAGGAAGUCAAGAGUGUCGAGCAAGAUCCCGAGCUCAUCAAUGAAUCCAAGUCCCUGAAAACAAACCUGGAGACUGAGAAGGUUGAAAAUGACUCCCUGUCUCGGGAAGUCAUUGAGCUCCAAAGCCGCUACAGACAGGUUCAAGACAUUAGACCGAAAGUUGAGGUGAAGGAAAUCGUGAAUGAGAUUUACAGGAUAGAUCCAAACACGGAGAUGGAAAUCGUGCGUCUGCGGAAAGACAUACAGGAGUCCAACAGCCAGCGCUUGAAUUUGGACAGGGACUUGACAACCAUCACGUCUGAUCUGAACGUCAUUCGUGCUCAGAAGCCAAAAGUCGAGGUCAAAGAAGUUCUCCAGGAGGUGGUUAAGGAGGAGCGAAGCCCUGAGAAUGAGAGAGAGAUCCAGAGGCUCAAUGAUCAGUUGUACCGCCUUAACAGUUCGUACAACUCCCUCAAUGAGCAGGUGAGGGUUCUCAGAAAUGACAGGGAUCAGUGGAAAGCAGAGAAGUCCAAGAUCGAAACCAAAGUCAUUACAAAAGAGGUCGUCAAGUACGAGCCGGAUCCUCUUUUGGAGAAAGAAGCAGAGCGUUUGAGAAGAAAUGUGCGGGAGGAGGCCCAGUUGAGGCGCAGCCACGAAGAGAUGUUGUUUGACCUGAAAAAUAAGUACAUUCUUUUGGAGCGACAGAAACCAGAGGAGAAGGUGGUGGUGCAGGAGGUGGUGCGGCUCCAGAAAGACCCGCGGCAGAUUGCCGAUCACGAGCGGCUCAGUAGAAGUCUCGAUGAAGAAGUCAAAACCCGACGUCAGUUUGAGCUGGAGUUGCAGCAGCUCAGAACAAAAGUGGAAGACAAGCAGAGGGUUAUUAAGGAGAAUGAGGAGCACCAGAGGCUGAUUCAAGCACAGUCUGAACUCCGAGAGAUCAGGAUGCGCAUCACUCAGCUGGAAAACGCUCCACCUCCAGUGGAGGAGAGCAUCGUUGUGGAGGAGGUGUUGAAGGUCGAGAGGGAUCCAAAGCUGGAGAGAAAGACCAUCGGCCUUCGAUCGGAAAUGGACAAGGAAACCAAUGAUAUCCUGCGUAUCCAGAGAGAAAUACGUAACAUCACUGCCAAGCUUGAAAUACUGCAGAGAGAGAAGUCAAAUGAACGGACAGUGUAUAAGGAGAUCGUCCGUGUAGAGAAGGACCAGGCUGUGGAGUCAGCGAGGGAUCGUCUGAGAGAAGAGGUGUCUCAACAGAGAUUCUCCCGACAGGAUGUGGAGGAUGAAAUAAGACGCAUCAAAGACCGAACAAAUCAACUUGUCAACUCCAAGUCCAGCACUUCAAGGGAAGAGACGUCUCUCGUCUCCAACAGAGAUGCUUUGCUGAGAGAAAAGGACAACCUGACUCGAGAGCUCAGGACCCUGGAGACCAAGAGGCAAGACAUCAAUAUAUCCUUCCAACAGCAGAGUCGGCUGAUCAGCGAGAGAUCUCAAAUGAGCAGGCAGAGAAGCAUGAAGAUGGAGUCUGAUGUGCAGCGCCUGGAAAGAGAGAUCCUGGAGGAGAAAGACAGGAUUCACCAGAGAGACAGCACUAUUCGAGACCUCAUUUUGAACUUGCAGAAGGAGGAGCAGGCGGAGACAAGAACCAAGGAGACCAACGUCUCCACCAAAAUCACCAUCCUGGAUCCAGAAACUGGAAGAGACAUGUCUCCGUAUGACGCCUACCUGCAGGGUCUGAUUGACCGCCAGCAGUACAUUCAUCUCCAGGAGCUUGAAUGUGACUGGGAGGAGAUCACUACCAUGGGGCCUGAUGGUGAGACCUCUGUCUUGCAGGAUCGCAAGAGUGGCAAACAGUACUCCAUCAAGGACGCGUUGAAGACAGGCAGAGUCAAAGAAAGCGAUUAUCAGACUUACAAAUCUGGCAAAAUGCCCAUUUCCGAGUUUGCUCUGUUGGUAGCGGGUGAGAAGAAUAAGGCGCCUGAAUUCAACUCCAUCAAACCAAAGACCUCAUCAACAGUUAAAUCCGCCCCCUCUGUGAAUUCCACAGGGUCACAAAUCCAGCCAGUCGCCGGGGUCAUUGAUACAAACACUGACACGUGUUACCCAAUUCGCAGCGCCACCAUGCGUAAACUGAUCGAUCCCACCACUGCCCAGAGGCUUUUGGAGGCCCAGGCUGCCACUGGGGGCAUCAUUGACAUCAGCACGAGGGAAAGAUACCCUGUGAACAAGGCCGCAACCAGAGGUCUCAUUGAAGAUAGUCAGCUCCAACGUCUACACAACGCUCAGAAGGCCUUCUCCGGAGUUGAAGACCCCGUGACCAGAGAGUGUUUGUCCGUGGGUGAAGCUGUUCAGAAAGGCUGGAUGCCAAAGGAAACUGGCACUCGCUACAUGGAAGCUCAGCACCUGACAGGGGGGCUGGUCAAUCCGAAAACCGGUGCCAGAGUAGGCAUUAUGGAUGCUCUUGCCUCAAAGAUGAUUGACAGCACGAUGGUUAGAGAGCUGCAGUCUGAAAGAUCCUACACCAAAGAUAUAGUGGAUCCACUCACCAAAGAGAAGAUCAACUACAAGCAAGCUCUUGAUCGCUGUAAGAGAGACCCCAUGUCAGGCCUGCCCAUGCUGCCAGCUUCCUCCAAAGAUUCAGGCUACAACUCAACCUACACCAGCAGAUAUGCAAGAUUCUAAACACAUUCACAGCAAAGUUUUGAGCUUCAACGAUCAAUGGAAUGAUGGAUCAUCUUAAAACCCCAAAAGAAGCAAACAUUCUGACUCAGGAAAAUGUCAACAUCUGUCCGACCGAAGCAACAGCGGCUCUGUUAUCUUUGUUUACCAAAAUCUAUAUUACGUGGGGUUUUGUUUUAUUUAAAGAACAACUUUAUCAUGAAUAUUAUCGUGUUACUUGGAAUAAAGGGACAUGGUGCAAUGCUGUUAACCAAGAUUGAUUUGAUUCUGUAUUACUUUUGGGUGAUCAUUGAUGCUUUAAAUUCAAUCUUGUUUGAUACUUUAUGAAGAAGAAAUAUCAAUAAACUUAAAUUAUAAUUGAU